AUGACCCCCUUCCAGCGGCGGACGGUGCACGUACUAGCCCAGGUCAUGGAUAUGGAGCACCGGUCGAUUGGCGAGAUCGGCAACCGCCCGCUGCACGUGGUGAAGGACUCUAGAAAGACGCCGUUCAUGCGGAUGCCGGCCAUCCUGGACAACAUCCGCAACCCAGCGGUGACUAUCGGCCGAGUCCCAGACGAGCGCUACCCCCACAACCACCCCCACAACCGUGGCGCCCGGCUCUGGCCGCCAUCGCCGAAGAGGGGCAACAACGCAAUCCUCAAGCAGCAGCCAACGAGCAGCAGAGCAGGCUUCGAGCGGCGCCGCGCCAUGCAGGCGUUGAAAGGCAGCAGUGUGCGAGCAACGACGUGCGAGCAACGGCCAGCGAUGCAGCCUUGCGAGCGGCGGCGUGCGAGCAGCGACGCCGACAUCGGCCAGCGAUGCAGUCUAGUGAGCAGCGACGAAUAA